UUUAAAGUCUACAUUACAAUACAUUUUCAUCAUCGCUGUCACAUGGUGCUUCCCUUCCACGUUACGUUGUGAUUAGGGUAUUUGCUGGUUGGCUGAAAGGCAAUCAUCCCAUCGUUGGGAAAACAAACUCGCUGUGCUUGAACAUCGAGGAGGAAGAGGAACGGAGCGCAGCGGCUCUGCACACUUUGAUUUGGCUCAGAAAUCAGAGGCUGUUUGAGUGUAGCCGGCACGGACCGUACGGGCUGUGUGGAGGAGGUGGACCAGUGCAAUGAUGACGGGGAAAUCUGUGAAAGACGUUGACAGAUACCAGACUGUCCUCAACUCUUUGCUGGCGCUGGAGGAGAAUAAAUUCUGCGCUGACUGCGAAUCAAAAGGUCCAAGAUGGGCAUCCUGGAAUUUGGGCAUCUUCAUCUGCAUCCGCUGUGCUGGUAUCCAUCGGAACCUAGGGGUCCACAUCUCCAAGGUCAAGUCUGUCAAUCUGGACCAGUGGACGCAGGAGCAGGUCCAGUGCGUUCAGGAGAUGGGAAAUGCCAAAGCCAAACGUCUCUACGAGGCUUUCUUACCUGAGUGCUUCCAGCGCCCCGAGACAGACCAGUCUGCAGAGAUCUUCAUCAGGGACAAGUAUGAUAAGAAGAAGUACAUUGAUAAGGUCAUUGACAUCCAGAUGCUCAGGAAAGAGAAGAGCUGUGACAAUAUACCCAAAGAACCAGUUGUGUUUGAGAAGAUGAAAUUGAAAAAAGACAUCAGCCCAAAGACAGUUUCCCAGUCUGUUACAGACCUGCUUGGAUUAGAUGCUCCUGCUCCAAGUCCUGCAGUGUCUAAUGGUGGAGGAUGUGUUCCAGACAGUAAUGAGAGCCCAGCAGUGUCUAAUCCAGCUCUGGCACACUCUGCACUGGAUCUCUUCAGCUCCCUGCCAGCACCCUCCUCUGCUUCCUCCACUAAAACCACGCCUGUUUCCAGCUCCAUGCCCCAGAGCAGAGUGACAGCCUCGGUGCCUGAAAACCUCAGUCUGUUCCUAGAUCCGGCACCCAAAGCAGAGGAAGGCACUGUCAAAAAGCUUUCCAAGGAUUCUAUUCUCUCCCUUUACGCCUCCACCCCCUCAGUGCACACAAGCGCUAUGGCUGCUCACGGCUUGUACAUGAACCAAAUGGGAUACCCGACACACCCGUAUGGUUCAUACCAUUCUUUGGCCCAGGCAGGGGGAAUGGGAGGCGCCAUGAUGACAUCACAGAUGGCCAUGAUGGCACAGCAACCAAGCGGCAUGAUUGGAGUUCAACAGAACGGCAUGAUGGGACAGCAGAAUGGCUUAAUGGGUGCCCAGGGUGUCAUGCCUCAGCCUAGUGGUGUUAUGGCGACAUCCUACAUAACAGGGAUGACCCAGGGCAUGAUGGGACAGCAGCAAAGCGGAAUGAUGGCACAGCAGCAGAGUGGGAUGAUGGGACAGCAGCAGAGUGGGAUGAUGGUCCAGCAGCAGAAUGGGAUGAUGGGACAGCAGCAGAAUGGCAUUAUGGGACAGCAGCAGAGCGUGAUGAUGGGACAGCCGCAGAGCGGGAUGAUGGUCCAGCAGCAGAAUGGCAUUAUGGGACAGCAGCAGCAAAACGGGAUGAUGGGACAGCAGCAGGUUGGAGCUUUGCCUCAUCAGCAGGUGUAUGGAGCUCAACAUGCCCAGCAGCUACAGUGGAACAUUACCCAGAUGACUCAGCAUAUGGCCGGCGUGAAUCUCUAUAACACCAACGGCAUGAUGGGAUACAGCAGUCAACACAUGGGAGGCUCGACAACUCCAAGCUCAGCUCACAUGACCGCACAUGUUUGGAAGUGAUCUCAUCUAUCCGAGAAGUGAUGCAACGCCAAUGACCCACAAAAGAGAGGGGAACUGAGAACCUGUGGAUCAGACUCUCCGUGAGACUUUUUCUAAUGCAAGGGAGGAGGAGGAGGAGGAAGAGGAGGAGGAGACAGGUGUGAAGAAGUAUAAGGUUCGGGAAACCACUACUACCUCUCUUUCUCUCUCCUCUCUGCCCAUACUUCCUCCUCUCGUCUCAUCCAUGGCCAUGUUUUGCAUAUCUCCAUGCUUGCCUUCCGAACAUUUUCGUAUGACGACCAAGACAACAGGGUUCACUGGUUAGGAUCUUUCUUCGCACCUAGCCUGUAUGUGAGAGUGUGUGCGCGCACAUCUGCUGUCUGUGGGUGUCAACUAACUGCUUGACUUAAAAGAUCAGUUUGGUUUUGGAGAAUUUUACAGUUUUUCUUACUUGAUCAGAAUCUGAAUCAAAAUGCAAAGGUUAGCAUAGCUCAACCCAAUUGGUUGUUGUGCUUGACUACUGGAAUGUAUUUUAAUGAGAUGUAUUUCCCCUUAAAGGGGGGGAAACAUGCAUUGUUGCAAGACUAAAGGUUUAAUAUUUUAUCAUUUGUUAAAGGGUUUACAUUUUGGAAUAUUUUCUUUUUUGCCAAGAGUUAAAUGAGAAGAUUGACACCACUAUUAUGACUGUACAGCAAAUACGAACCUACCGCCAGCAGCCAGUUAGCUUAGCUUAGCAUAAAGACAGGGAAACAGGGAAACAACUAGCCUAGAUCUGUCCAAAGGUAACAAAUCCACCUACCAGAACCUCUAAACCGCUUAUUAUUACCGUGGGGCCUAUAUCUUGUUUAUUUCAUCCAUACAAAAGCUACUUUUGUAUGGAUUAAACAAAUGAGAUGAGCAUUAGAGGUGCUGGUAGGCAGAUUUUGUUACCUUUGGACAGUCAGACUAGCUGUCUCCCUCUGUUUCCAGUCUUUGUGCUAAGCUAACCGGCUGCUGGCAGUGACUUUAUAUGUCCCGUACAGUAUUGAGAGUGGUAUCGAUCUUCUCAUUUAACUCUUAGAAAGAAAGUGAAUAUGUCAAACCUUUUAACCCAGCAUCAACAAUGUCUCUUAACAAGUCACAACAAUAUCCAAUAAAUUAGCUUGAUUUUAGCUGCAACCAUAUUUGUGAAAUGGCAACUACGAAUGUUUUUCAGCUAUUUUUCAAGCGCACAGUGGUUAAGAGAUUUCUACCAGAAAUGUUGUGGGUAUAGCUUUAUUUUAGAAUAGCUUUACCCUUAUUUUGAGAGGAAAGUCUAGCUAGGCUACGCUAGCCUCUUAAUACAUAACACAUUCAAACUGAAAGUAGAGAGGAAAGGCAUAAAUGAAUUUCUCUUACACUGUGUAAGUAGGGAAAAUUGUAAAAUCUAAUCUUACAUAAACAGAUGUAUCCUUUCUAAAUACUUAUCUUACCCGUACAAUAAUAAUAAAAUAUAACAAAUCCCUUUAUAUAAGUUCUUAGAUCAUCACUGUCUCACAAGUUAGAGCAGCUACUAAACCUAAACAGCCCUUCAUUAUGAUGUCUUCUACUCAAUUUAAAGAGGGCUUCUUUUAGAACCAACAUCUAAACUGGAUUUUGGGAGACCAAAGAUCAACGCUAGCUUUAUUAAGGUUGUACAGUAUUCCAAUGCUUUGUCUGUAUAGCCACUCAACUAGUGAUUAGAGAAUUCAAUUCAGCAGUCCUUUAACAGUAUGUUUGGUCGUACCUGCUCUCAACACAAUGAAUGUUUGGGAAUAUCAGUUCACUGUGCUAUUUCCUCAGCAAGGGUGGGACUCUUAAAAGGUCACUUGCAUGCAAUGUCAUCCUGUAAAUGUUGAGUUAACGCUCACACACCUCAAGUUAAUCUACCUUGUACAAUAGAGGCCUCAAAUAAUGUUGAAUGUCCGCAAAUAACAGAGAAAUAGAGAGAGAGAGGUGGGGACAGAGAAAACAUUAAGGUACAGAUGAAUCAUGUUUCAGAUUCUUCCACUGAAUUGCAUGAGGUGAAUGUUUUUUCUAGCUCUGAUUGUAUGUACUGUAUGUUUAUUAAGAUAUCCGAAUGUGUAUCUUUGAAUGUUUCCGUCUACACCGUCGACCAGUCUCUGACCAAGACCUACAAAAAGAAAUCUCAAUGAAUGUGUGUCCUGAAUGUGUUUCACGAUUGUACCGGACUUGAUUAGAAUACACACACCCGAGUACUGCUGGGGUGUGAUUGUUUUUUGAUAUUCUAUGACUCUGUCAAGCAAUGUACACUUGGGUCUUUUGAAUGUUCCGUCAACAGCGUCCUGUCCAUUUUUGGUGACUUGUUUUUAAUUCAACAAAGUUUUUAAUGUUACCGUUCAGUUAGGAGCAAACUGUGACCAGGCUCACUCUGGGGGCGUUUACAAUUUGGCCAAACCACAAUGUGAAGCGAAAAGCGAUUGUACGACCACAAUCUGUCACUUCUUAAUGUUUUCGUCGACCGCUUCUAUUUCUCUUCCACACAAGCCCACGCGAACCAUCUCUGCAUCCUGAUUUCUCUUAAAGUGUUUCUAAAUAUGUCCAUUCUUAUAAAUGCAUGGAGUCAUUAGUGUAAAUAUUUCCAGUCUUUCCAUUUUUCUUUUUGUAGAAGCACUUCGGUGUUAAGUUGCCAAUAUAAUUGUUAGGGUUGAAAGACAAAUAAAUUAACAUAUAGGAUUCGUAUUAAAUGCUGCCAAUAAACAAGCAGCACAGCAUUCGCGACUCAGAAAUUCGUCUACUCCUUCCAGGUCUUUCUGUCAAUUUUGGCUCAUUUUUGUGGCAGCGGAGGCAACAGUGUGACAGCAGCAGUCACCUUCUCUGCUGAGAGUAAUACCACCAUCAGACAAUGUGUCGUCUCUGUACUGUAACGGCAGAUCUGUCAGCUAGCGAAGAGAGGUUUCUGGAAAAAGCAGUAACAAUCCAUCUGUGUGGGCGAUAAAGGCUUCACAUGGGCUUUUUCAUUUGAGAUUAUCUUUAAAUUUGGGUUGCUUGUAAUCUGUUCCUUUUUUUGUCUGGUAUAUUUUCUGUGAAAUAAGAGCAAAUGAAGGAAUGUAUCUUUUUAUGUACUUGUCGACCAAGAUAUUGUGUACCUUAUUCUUUAUCAGAAUAUCUCUGUAUAUUAUGUUUCUUAAACAAUAUUGAUGAACAUGUGUUGUAUAUUAGUUCUGCAUUUUUUUCACAUGCUUUGGCCCUUUUGAGUUCGUGUUCACACAAGUUAGUCACUUAAAUUUGAGAAUAUGUAUGUAACAUACAAUACCUGUCUCUGUGAAAAUAUACAAAAUAAAUAUU